AUGUUACUCCAGUUCUUUCCUGUGCACACUCAAGGCGCUCCACAGACCAAAGGCUCAACAAGUCUUGGUCUAUUAACACCAGAUGCUGCCAGAGGUCUCAGAGGCAGGAAUUGUUCAGCUUCCAUUCAAAGUGCUCAUAGUGGAUCUCAAACUCCUGCUGCAAGAGCAGGCAGUAUAGGACGUGCAUGCUCACCCUUAGGACUUGCCCACACAUCUAGAUCACUCAGCAAUGGUACAGGUUCUCAGUCACAGACUGCUGUUAGCACAUCUUGCCCUCACGACAAUUUACAAUCUGCAAUGUCUGAUGAAUCGCUCGAUGAACCUAUUAUUGCAGGUGUACGCCGCCGCCAAGCUGAUUCAAGUCCUAGUCGUGGCAACCCAACUGUCCUUAUACCUGUGCACACAAAGAGACUGAAAGUUUAUGCAUUGAAGGUCACUGCAGACUUAGCUACCUGCCUGCAGACCGGAGGGAUAUACUACAUGAUCAUUGACAUCAAGGCCACCUUGUUGAGGCGGAAUGAUGAUACCCAGAACGUGGAGCUCGCUCAGUUGAAAGAACUGCUAGAUUCUAAGGACUUCAAGUCUGGAAUCCAGAACCAUCUCAUUGUGUGCAUGCUGUCACCCAAUAUCACUGCAUAUGUCACUGAUGCACAUUGUCACAUCAUGGUAUUCUCUAAGUUGAUCGCUAUGACUUCAUCAGGGAGCACCACAAUGUAUUCAAAAUCCCUGCAGCCAAUGUUGGAAGAUGCAGAACUUAACGCACAACUGUUGAAACUGGUCAGCAACUUGCUUUGCUCAAUCCGCAGCAACAUAAAGGCUAAGCUGACAACGUCAAUUUUCAAACGAUUGUUUAUCAUGGAGACUGCAAAAUCUCUCGCUCAUCACUGUGGCAUUGAGGUCAAUUCCAUGCACUGGAAUAGGUUUGCAUUUUUGCAGUGCUGCUUGUGCAUUUUCCUUAUCGGUGUGGACGACUACAAGACUGUACCCUUCAACACUCUUUUUUCCAACUCACUCAUUUUGUCACUUCACAAAGACCUCCAUGUCAAAAUCAACCAGAAACUCAGAAUUGAUAUUGAUGCUAUCAAACGCAGGAUGCAUGGCGACAUCAAUCAAGACAUUGAGCCUGAUGCUCCUGCUGCUGACAUCAAAGGCUACUUAGAUAAAGAUCAGCCGAUGCAUGAUACAGAGAAUACUGACAAUAGUGGCAAUGGUAGCAGCCAUCAAGAUGACGAGGACAAGAAUGCCAGGGACAAAGGAGCAGAGGAUGAGUACCAGGACAAAGAAGAUCUACCAGCUGUCAGUGAGGGAAGCUCAGGAUUCAAAGGCAAAGGACACUGUGCCGUUUACUCUUCGUCCAAGUUCUGGAAAUUUGUAGAUGACUCUCUCAAUAGCAUUCACAAGCUAGCAAAGACCCAGGUCAGUGAGCAGGGACCAAACAGUUCUCUGACAUACAAACACACAUUUUGCGACAUCCUUGUGGAAUAUUUUCAACUAGACCUCACUGAAUUUCCCAGAAAGAGAGUUGUUCUGAAGCUCCUCAGCACCACUAGUCCCCAGUGGCAGACUACCAUCCAGAACAAGCUCUUAUGGGAAAUUUAA